AGUUAGUUAACAACCGCGGUUUUAGUCGUAGUGAGAACAAAAAGCGCUGCUGCACACCGCGUAUAACUAAUUAACAUGUUUGUGUUGUGCAUUGGCCCUAAUAACUUAUAGUGAAUAUUGACCUCUGCGGUUAUAUAGAAAAGUGGCCAUAAUUGGAUUAUUGGAGCGCGAUUUUUUUUAAGGCAUACAGUCAGUCAUGUUUAAAAAGCACAGGACAAAAGCGAUGCCGCCCCCGCCUGCGGCGGUGCAAAACGGCCACGAAAUCGACAACAACAACGUGGUGUCGAAUUCGCACAAAAAUUCCCACAACAGCACGGCUUCGUCGGUAACCAACUCGUUGCAAUUUUACUGUCAAUUGGCUCACGGAAGCCCUACGGCUUUUGUAGCAGGAUUUUCGAAUGUACGAGAACUUUAUGGGAAGAUUGGUGAAGCUUUUGAUAUGCCUCCGUCUGACAUCCUAUUUUGCACACUAAACACUUUCAAACCAGACAUGAAAAAACUCCUCGGAGGACAAAUCGGAUUAGAAGAUUUCAUAUUUGCACACCGAAAAGGGAGGCCCAAAGAAGUAGAAUUAAUAAAAAAUGAAGAUUCAUUAGGAUUGACAAUAACUGAUAAUGGAGCCGGUUAUGCUUUUAUUAAAAGAAUCAAAGAAGGCUCAGUUAUAUCAGAAAUUCCACACAUAAAAGUUGGUGAUCAUAUCGAAAAACUCAACGACAUAAGUAUGGUAGGCAAGCGACACUUUGAAGUAGCAACAGCCCUAAAAAACAUCCCCCUAGGUUCCCCUUUUACCAUAAGACUAGUAGAACCAAUGUCCAGCGGGUUCGGACAAAUUGCACCCAAAGGAAGCAGCAAACCGCAGAAAAAGGCAGCUUAUGGUUCAGGCAAAGAAACCUUACGAUUCAAAGCGGGAGGUAAAGCGGAAAUCCAAGAGCAAGAUGACGCCAUGGAUACAGGAAUAGAAAAAAUCAAUGGGGUUUUGGAAUCGUUUAUGGGCAUCAACGAUUCAGAGUUGGCUACUUUAAUAUGGGAAACCAGCGAGGGUAAACAGAAUUCUAUGGAAUUUGCUGAAGCUAUUGACGAUUCCGAUUUGGCCGCUUUUGAAUUUACUGAUGAACUUAUUAUUGAACUUUGGGGGUGUGUUACAGAUGCUAGACAGGGUAGACUUAAGUGAGGUGUUUUAGUUUUUUAAGAUUUCAAGUGCCUAUUAUACAAUUUUUGUAUUUUUUUUUUUUGACUGCAAUCAAUAAUGUAUUAUCGAUUUUGUGUUAAUGUUUUUUUCAUAUAUUGAUAACAGAGCUGAAUUCAAAAGUAUUUUGAAUCAAAAAUAAGCCAGCCUGGUACUUCCCAGCUCUGCUAGGUAUUUCAUUUAAAUAAGUAUUCUUUGUAAAUUUAUGUUUAAACAUCAUAUUUUAGUUUUUUUUUUUUUUAAAGAAAAAUGACUUAUAUUUUAUAGGAAAUAAAUAUUUAAUAAAUAACUAUUUUCCCA